UAUUGCUGCAGGAUUAUUUUCAUGCUGUGAGAAACUGGGCAAAUUAAGAUCCUACACCUGUAGAGACAUCACAUUCCCGUGACAUAAACUUUCCCUCCACUCUAUAGCACCCUCCCUCUCUCGGGGUCUGAGGGGAGGGUUCAUCUCCCUGGACACCAUGUCUGUCAGCCCCACAGGGCCAAUGGGUUGUAUAAACCCAGACACAGCGGCUACGCCUUCCUUUGAUGUCAACCAACGAGACCAGAAAUGUGUAUUCUGUGCCUCGAGGGCAAAGCCUUCCCACAAAACCAGUGUUAACCAUCAUGCAUCACUGGAGCUCCUGCAUGUCUGCAUAUUCUACCACCGCUCUCCACUCUCAGACUUCUCAGUCUCUGUUCACACUUUAUGUAGUGUCAUCUAGUAUGGAAAGGAGGCAACAAUGGCUCUCCCGACUGAAGAGUGAAUUCGGCAACAGCCCCUUGGUCUCCAACGUGGCUUUCGGCUUCAUCCUGAUGGGCUUGGAGAAGCUGGUUGAGCUGGAGUUCGAGUGUCCGUGCGACCCCAAAUGGAACGGGCUAUUUUCUUCCGCCUUCUUCGUCAUUCCUGCUAUCAUGGCCUUCAUGCUGAUGCUAAUCAUCCAGGACUGCAGGUACGACCUGAGCGGCUGCCCCAGGACAGUGUCCAUCUCCAGCCUGGUUCCGCCCAUCGUCUGGCUGAUCCUGCUCUUCCUGGACGGACAGUACUUUGCGUGCGCGCUAACAGACUGGAACGGCAGGUUUGUGAUUGUCGACAAGGCGGCUCCUCAGAAGUGGUGUGAGCCGCCGCAUGACGAUGGCACGCUGCAGGAUCUCAUGGUGCACUCUCAGGAAUUAUUUGUGGAGUCUCAGGUUAUUGGUAUUGCUCUGUUGAUAUUCAUCUGUGUGGGACUCAUAGUGUACGUGAUCAGAGAGAGCUGCCAGCAGGAAGAGGAACUCCAGGAAGUCAACAACACUUACGAGAUGUAUGAGAUGACAUGACUUCGACAACAUCAUUAAGCCAAAACCUGUUUUUUGAAGCUAUGGGAGAGAAUUCAUAAUGUUUUCUCUACAAAUGCCUCAAGACUGCAAGACCUUGUCUCUCCAGCAACUUCUAAAGGGAAGGGAACACUGCCGGUACCUCCCUCUCCAACCAAGGUGCAUGAACAGAGGUGCAAACAGAGAAGAGGAGGAAAUUCACCAACUUGGCGAUAGAAAUGCUUGUUCUUAUUAAAACCAACAUGUUUUGGCCUGUAGCCUUCUUCAGGGCCCAGUGACUUUUACCUUUCCUGCAAACUGUACAUGAAUGUUAUACUUUUGGAAAUUAUACUUUUCUGAUGAACAGUUUUUUAAAGUAGUGGGGGGGGGAUAUUUGUUGGUCUAUCUGCCCUUUUAGAAAUGUUCUCUGUAGGUGUCAAAAUGUGUCCCAAUUUUUGUAAAUAUUAAAAUGUGUUAAGGUAUGGUCACGUUUGUAUGUAAGGUAUUUAUAGCAACUAAUAAAAUMAUU